GGCAAAAUCAACCCAAAACCAAUCGGACAACAGUCGUCCAUCACCCUUCCCAAGUCCCAAUAAAAAAAAUAAAAUCCAUUUUCCCUCCAAAAUACUGAAAAUUUACAGAAAAAAAGAAAAGAAAAUCAUCACCUCUUCCUCUCAAAUCUUCAUGGUCCAGAGACUCCAUACUAUAAAACACCUCUCAACUCAUUUUCUUUCUCUCUCCGUCUCUCUCAUUGUAUUUAUCUGUCAUCCGAAAUCUGAAGCUCUCUCACCAGUCACUACCAUCGCCAUGUGGUCAUCAUCAGGUGGGGAAGAAACCAACAAUCUCAACGGCAAAAGAGUUUCUUCUUCAUCCUCAAAAUCCUCGUCUUCGUCUUCUUCUCCCUCUCCUUUUGCACCCCAAUCUCACUUCCUAACCCCAAGAAGAAAAACCAUGGAACAAGUCUGGAAAGACAUCAACCUGGCUUCGACUUCUCUCAGUGACCACCACGCCACCAGAGAACCACUCCUUCCCAAGAGCACCACCACCACCUCCUCUGCCACCGCCUUCCGCGGUGUGAUCCUUCAGGACUUCCUUGCUCGACCCUUCAGCAAAGAUCCACCAACCAGCAGCGUUAUCUCCGUUGAUCCCACCACCGCCUCAGAUGUCGCUGUUUUUGGUUCUCCAGCACCACCUCCGCCCACCGUCUUGAGCUUGAAUUCAGGCCCAGAAUUUCAUUACCUAGAAAACACCACUGAUCCUCUGAGGUCACAGUCACAAUUAUAUACGCCUGGCAAUUCGGCUACACCCUUCUUCCUUUCUUCCUUGAACACUCCUUUCGAUCCCUUUGCUCCAUCCUCGGCGUUUUCAUCCUUUUGCAAGAAAAGGGUUCCAGAAUCUGAUGACAGUUCCGGGGACCGACGGCAUAAGCGCAUGAUCAAGAAUCGAGAAUCUGCUGCGCGGUCUAGAGCCAGAAAACAGGAAAUCAUCUCUCUUUUUUCUCUCUCCCCCACCCACCCCCCUCCUCCUUUAGCCUUAGAAUCUAGCUGUAUAGACAAUUCAAUAGAAGAGAAACUAGAGAAACUUGUUUCUCAUUUAAUUUUCUUAUUUAGUGAUUCUUCUCUAAAAUAUUACAGGCUUAUACAAAUGAGUUGGAGCUGGAAGUUGCUUAUUUGAAGGAAGAGAAUGCCAAGCUAAGAAUACAGCAACAAGAGUUAUACUUAGCGGCAGCUGCUCAACUUCCGAAAAAGCACACGCUGUAUAGAACGUCAACGGCUCCAUUUUGAGAAAAGCCUUUUAUCAGGGCUCUCCUUUUUCCAACUCUUUUUCAUUUCUUGUACAGGAUCAGAUCCAGGGGAGAGAGAGAGAGAGAGAGAGAGAGUUGUUCUAUGAGGGAAAUAUCAAUGUCAGGGUUGUUAGAAAAGAACACAAUGAAGGAAAGAAAAAAAAAAGGAAGAUGCUUUGAAAUUUGAAUCCCAAGCAGGCAGGAACAUUGGUGGGCCAUUUUUUUUGCUUUACAUUUCUUGUCUUUUGUCUAUCUUAAGCAUUUCUUCUUGGCAUUGGAGAUGGUGGCGGUGAGGAGAGAGAGAGAGAGAAUGAGAGGUGUUGAAAUUGUAAACAGUCUACAAUUUAUGCUUGGUUUCUUCUUUUUUGCU